GAGAGGGGGGUGUGAUAUCCAACUGUCUAGACGUUCGUGAUCACGAUGAGGCGACUACUACAGUACACUUGACAUAGCCAAGUUAGUCGGCUCGCCACGCUCUGAACUCUACGUUCCGUGUCUAUCCCGUUGACACUUACUGUCGUUCUGUGUCUUACAACUAAUUAUGUCCGAUGUUGGUUCCCGUAUAUCGCGUAUGGAAUAGUGAUAAUAUCGUCAAACGAAAGUUAAAAAAGUGUCUAAUUGUCAUGAGACAAAAAUUGACUAUAAAUAAGAAGGUACUGCGAGUAUUUUUCAUCAGAUAAUGUACCACAAAAUCAGAUAAGGCUGUGAACUGUGAUAACUAAAUUUUUAUGUAAUGUGCUGUUUACUUUUUAAGUUUUCAAGGUAGACUUCUAUUUUUAAUUCAAUGUAAGGAAAUGCGGAGUUAUACACAGCAUUUUUCAAUCAAAUUUGGUUCGACUUUAUUCUGAUACAAUGUUAUCAGUCGUGAGUGCCGCCGGCGUGAAUGCGGCGGCAGGAAUGGGCGGCAUGGAACGUUUGGGAGGCGGCGCAAAUAGUAACAGCGGAAGUGUAGUAAGUAACGGCAAUAGUGCAACGACGGUAGCGACAUCUAGAGAUCACAGAACGCAGGUACGUAGGCUCCACGCGGCGACGAACCGUAUCGACCAUCAUUCGACAACAGCUGAUAUCACCAUCAAUUUACCGCCGAGUAUAGAACUGCCCGACGGCGAAGAACAUCCCUUUACGUCGGCGAGGUUACAUAUUCGAGAUGCAGAACAAGAAUCCGAAAUAUACCAGAAGUGCAUCCGACCGCCACCGAAUCGCACAGUAUUAGAAAGCGAAUCCCCGCCCCCGUACCGAUCCUGUUCCGCCGGUAUGUUGUCAACUUCUUCGUCGACGAGCAGCGCCAACAGCGAUUGGUCGACUUCUUCGAAUCCCCUCGUAGUGCGGUGCCAUUCGAUGUCGUCAACUUCAUCAAAACCAACAAACCACUCAUCUCAUAGUGUAACUAUACAAAAGACUGAUUUUUUACAAAGAACUGUUAAAAUAUUUACGGGAGGCGGUAAAAAAACCGCUUCGCAGCAGACUGUUUAUCAACCGCCGCCAGCUCCGACGUUGCCCGUCGUUAUUGUACCGAACGUCGUGAGGAGCCAAAGGGUCGUCAACAAACCGCCCGCCGAUGUUUGACCAUACGUCCCUUCUUAGCUGAUGACAUUUUGUGUGAAUUCAUGUUUUUUUGAUUCCAUGGGUUUCGCCUCGUUUUGCGUCGUAGGUUAAUUUGAUGCGCCUGUCAAAAUUAUUAUUUUUUUUUCCAAAUUCAAGAAAAAGAAAAACGUUUAAAACAACAAGGAAACUUAAUACAUUCCUAUAUUUUAAUCCAUAGCGGAAAUAAAAAAAAGAUUUUCAAUAAUUCGCUUUUUAUCACUAUCUACGAUGUAUGUAUGUAUGUAUGUGUGUGUGUGUGUGUGUGUAUGUACGUAUGUGAGUAUACGGGGUGUCCCACGACGAGUUAAAACUCUCUGUAUAUACGACAAAAUACUCGAUAGUCAAAUCAUGAAAAUUUCUUAGUUUGAGUUUUUGGAUACGAUCUACCUUAAAUCGACUGUAACUUUGUUAUUUUCAAUGGAACACCCUGUACAUUAAUACAUUUUUGAAAUCUACGUAAAAUUUUAGUAUACUUUUGUCUAAAAACUUUUUUCAAAAAAAUGCAUACUUUUCGAGUUAUUAAUUGUUUUGUAAAAAAUAAAUUAUUUUUUCACGAUGACACCAUUAAAGAUAUGAAAAUGGUUUUUAUUCGGUUGCUUUUCGCAAGGUCAGAUGUAUUUAAAUCUAUGUUGAAAAAUAUCUCAUUUUAUACAGGGUGUGUAUGAAAAGUCUUCAAAAUUUAAAUUCUUAAAUAUCAAAUUUCUCAUUUUUUUUAAAUAGAUUCACCCGGUAUUUUCUAUUUUAUUGCAUUCAGGGGUACAAUUAUUUAAAUUUGCUUUUAAUACAUGGUGAAUAUAACAAAGUACUGUACUUUAUACGCUGCUAUUUACAUAGUUUUCGUUAUUAAAUGGAGAACCAGCCAUUUUAACUAUUUUCGAAAGUAUCAACAAUUGACUAAUGAUAGUUAAAUAAGUGCCAAGUGUCAAAGCUUAGUAAAAGUAUACAUAAAAAAUUAAAACUUGUUAAAAAAUACAAUAAUAAUUUAAAACUUAGAAUAUCUCGGAAACGACUAAAAGUUGGAGUAAAUACAAUUUGAUAUGAUUUUUUUUACAGACCUUGACAAAAUAAAGAAAAUAAUUUUUUAUUUCUUAGUGCUUGUAUCAACGGGUCAAAAUAAAAUUCACAGAAAACAUUUAAUAUAAUAAUAAUAACCGGGUGAUUCUAUUUAAAAAAUAGAGAAAUUUGAUAUUUAUGAAGUCAAACUUUGAAGACUUUUUAUACACACCCUGUAUAAAAUGAAAAAUUUUUCAACGUAUAUUCGAAUACGUCUCAUUUUACUAAAAGCAUUCGAAUAGAAACCAUUUUCAUAUAUUUAAGGAUAACUUCGUAAAAAAAUAAUUUAUAAAGGUUUGAAACGGAUAAAUUUUUUUAUAAAAAAAUUAAUAACUCGAAAAGUAUGCAUUUUUCGAAAAAAGUUUUCAGACAAAAGUAUACUAACAUUUUACGUAGAUUUCAAAAAUGUAUUAAUAUACAGGGUGUUCUAUUUAAAAUAACAAAGUUACAAUCGAUUUAAGGUAGAUCGUAUCAGAAAACCCAAACAUAAAAUUUUUCAUGAUUUAACUAUUGAGUAUUUUGUCGUAUAUAGAUAGUUUUAACUCGUCGUUGGACACCACUCUGUAUACCUAUCAUAUAAAUUUUAUUUUAGAAUUGGGAAUUUUUCUUCGGAUAUUAGAAAUUUUACGUCAGAAAUGAGAAUUUCACUUUAUACGUACUUCUGCAUAGAUAAAUAUUUUGGCAGAUCAAAUUUCACAAUUUCGACAAUCGAAAAAUGUUAAAAUUUCCUCUUCCGACGUGAAAUUUUCCAUUCAAUUCAAUUGUCACCGAGUAUAAAUGUUGUUGGAAAUCUUUUUUUAUUAUAAUAAUUUGCCAUUUUCGAUCAAAAAACACACAGAACAAAAAAAUAUAAAAAACGAUUAUUAAAAUCGAAAUAAACCACUUAAAUAUUGGUACAUACCAAAAAGUACUUGUUGUUAACGAUUCUUGUCUAAAUCUUGUGCUAGUUCAUCGAAUUCUUCGUAUAUUUUGUAAAUUAACGAAAACUUUUUGUUCAUUUCUUUUGCCGUGUUAAUUUUUUUUUUUUUCGUAAAUUCAUAAAUGACUGCCAACCUAAUGAAAACGAAAGUCUAAAAACUUCAAUCGCGUAAUUUUUCUACGCUUUAAAUCGAAUCCACUCACUCUUAAGGGGUUAGGGGUAGUCAGAGGCACGAAAAAAUGAGAAUUUUCAGUAUUUUUUUUGCUAUUAAAUCGUGUUAUUUUACAAAAGUAGUUAUAUGGCAUUAUUAUACAAUAUUUUGACUUGAAGUCACGAACAUUUAAAAAAAAAAUUAUUUCCAAAGUUAUAGCUGUCUGUGUUGACCCAGUCCUUGCGGUGACAAUCAUAAGUCCUUGGAGAUUCAGAUAAAAAAUUAACUUUUUCAAUUAUAGUCUAAUCUACCAGCUCAAAUUAAUUCGACAUAUUAAUAUAGUCCAGUCGGAAAGACUAAUACGGAAAUAAUCGCCCUAAUAUCUAAUCAAGUUGUUUAAAUAAUUUUGAUCAAAAUUUUCAAUCAUCGACAUCUCUUGCAAUUGUUCAAGUUUCCAUGGUAUCAAAUAUGUGGAUCUGAAAGAGUUCAAGUCUGGGGACAUAAGAAACAACUCAAGGUUCUAAAACACUCAUGAACAUUUAAUCAUCUUCUACCUAACAGUACCAAUUCUGAGCUAGCUCUUAAAGAUAAUCCUUGCAACAAUACGUUACAACAUACAUUCCUCACACCAUAUCUUCUAUAAAUACUCGGAAUCUUUAUAUUUUCUUUUAGUUUUGAUUUCCGAUACCUCACCAAUUGGUAUUACAGCUCCAAACUGUUUAGUUCUCCACCAACGUUCCCUAUCCCCUCAUAUUUUCUUUGUUUGUAACUCUUGGUGAACUUGAUCAGUCCAUCUGAUUCUUUUUCUAUUGCUUCUCUUCUCUUGGCUUAAAUGAACCGGACGAUGUUUUCAUUGCCUAGUAUUUAAUCGAUUUCACUAUCAUUUACGAUUUACCAUUCGUCCAUACAUUCUUCUGAUGAUAUGUCUCUCAAAUAUUAUCAAUCCUUCUUAGUCUGCCUUAAGUUACGAUUGGUCUGAUUGAAUUCUUUAAUUUUUUCUUCUUCUUGGUUUAUUGACAGUUUCUGAAAUUUUACCAUCUAUUAUUACAUCUUUCACUUUCCUAAAAUCUUCAGAUACAUCUUCAUAAAUACAGUUUUGGUUUCAUUAAUAACUAAGCGGAGCUCUUUUCAUUUUAUUUCUACAUCUUUGAAAAGAUCUAUCGGUACGAGGACUGGUUUUAUUAUAAAAAUUAUUCUACAUUCGAAUGCUCCCCUUCAAAAUCCUUCCCUCGCAACAUACCUUUCCAUACGUUUUUUCCAUUGAUCCAAGCCAUGCUGGAAGUCUUCUUUGGUGACUGCCUCCAGGAGUUCUGCUUUACCGCUUCCGUCGACUCAAAUAUGGUCCAUUUCAAAGUAAAUCUUGUUCUAACCUUUUAAAGAAAUCUGAACAGACCCUUUGACGCAAGAUCUUUUGGUCAGGAGUCAGAUUUUUUGGUACCAGCUUCGCACAGACUUUUGUCUGUUUCUUAUCGACGUUUACCUCAUUGGUAAAUAUCCGGAUGCUCAUUCGACGAUCUGCACUUAGUAUUUGGUUGAUUUUGGUCACUGUUUCCGGAGUUGAAGGCGACCUGGGUGCUGGUGAUCUCCCCAUAGGCCUCUUGCAACAAUUUAUAGCACUCAGUCGAAGUUUUUUUCAAUUUAAUGAUAAAUUUGAUAUUGGUACGUUGCUCAAAUACUAUAAUAGUGACGAAAACGUAUUUUGGAACGUGCAUAGACAAGAUAUCUAGAUACCCAACGAGUCUAGGGCGCCCUCUAGACGCGCAGUCUCGUUAUUUAAUAGCCAGACCUCGUAUUUCUUUAUUUCUAACUAUUUGCCACCUAGUACAAGAUUUUUGCGGUGUCAUCAUUCUUAAUCUUAUAUCAAAUUAUAUUUUCUAAAAAUUCCAACAAAGUUCCACUACUAAAAAAAUAAAAAUUAUCCAAACAAAAUUAUUGAGAAAGUGCAAUCAUUAUAUAGAAACGUGAUCCCAAAAUUUCUAAUCUCUUAUUGACAAAUCUAAUUUGUUUUAAUAAUAAAUCAUCGCAAAAAUUGCCAACUAAUGUUGUCUUGAUAUUGUUUUUAAAUAUUAAUAUCGUUUCCUGUGUCUAAUUGUUUUCAAUUCGGAAAAUCUUCAGGUUGAGUUUACUUAUCGUCUACGAAGUUCUAUUCCUCGCAUUGGGGGAUACGUGCAUGCCUCUAAUUGUGUUUACCGUCUGCUCCACGUCGAAUAUAAUACGAUGAAAUUAUUUCUCUUCCAUCAACAAAAGUCAAUUUUCUCAUUAUACCAAAUUGUGUCUUUUUAAAAGAUGCAAUAAAUUUCCCAGUUUACGAAAAAAAAAAAAAAAUGUAAUCGUCACGAGAUGUACAUAGUGCAAUUGUUAAAAGUAGUUACAUUGAAAAAAAAAGUUUUCGUUAAAAAAUUAUCGUUAUAAAUAAUUAAAACAGAACGAUAUCUUUUGAUGAAAAGAUAAAUUUCUGUAAGUAACAAACCAUAUUUUUUAUAGAAAAUUAAUUAUUUCUACAGCACGCGUUCUAAUAUAAUAAUUUUUCCGCGCAAAUUUAAAUAAUUUGCGCUAAUAGUCGAUAGACGUUGUGGUUGGGUUCAUAAAAGUGAGUAAGAUAUUAUUUGAUACAAAAUCUCAUUCUUUAUGCGCAUAUCAUCACUUUUCCUUUGGAAAUAUAUUCGCAGAUAUAUAAAAACGAUACUUUGCGCAAAAUGUAAACGAAUUAGAUAAUUCUACUGUUAAUUUUCAUUGCGCAAUUAUUUAAUGUUCCGCAAAACAAUAAAACAACUAUUUCUUAGUUGCUUGGGUCUCAACGAUUUGCGCAAUAUUCUCGACAAUUUAUACAAAUUUGUUGAUCCUCGACAUGUUGUGCAAAUCGGUUGGAUUUCAAUAAUUUGAAAAAAAUUGUUAUUGCUGAACUAGCCAAAUGGAAUACUGAAUUUGCGCAAUAUUAUUCAAAAAUUCCCAUGCAAGUACUUUUAGAAUAAUUAUCACGCGCAAAAAAUAAUGCGGAAUUUCAAUAAUACGCGCAAAUUUAUUAUUGGUUGGCAUUUUACGUAAACUAGUUGAUUUUCGAUAAUUUGCGCAAAUUUAUAAUUGCGCAUCUCACUAAAUGAAAUUGUAAAUUUUCGCAUUAUUUUUAGUAAAAGCUUUCUCGAUAAGUUUUAAAGCGGAAUAUCGAUAAUUUGCGCAAUUUUGUUGACUGUUGACAAUUUGCGCAAUAUUCGUAGUAUGACAAUACUUUUCUAAUAAUGAUCAAUAUGCGCGCAAAAAAAUAAUAUUAACGGUACAAUCUAUGUAAAUAUGUUGGAUUUCAAUAAUUUCAAAAAAUUUGUUAUUGCUCAAUUCCUCAAAUGGAAUUCUUGAUUUGCGCAAUAUUAUUCAUAAAUUCCCAUGUAAGUACUUUUAGAAUAAUUAUCACGCGCAAAAAAUAGUGCGGAAUUUCAAUAAUAUUCGCAAAUUUAUUGUUGGUCGCCUAUUUGUGCAGACUUGUAAUUGCGCAACUCACUAAAUGAAAUUGCAAGUUUUCGCAAUAUUAUUAGUAAAAGCUCUCUUAAUAAGUUUUAAGCGGAAUUUCGACAAUUUUGUCGACUGUCGACAGGAAAAUAUGUACAAGACAAGAAUACUUUCUUUAUUCGAAAUUUUGCGCAAAUAUCAAUAUGUGAAGUAUAACAAUAUUAGUAUUGUUAAUGCGCAACUCAUUUAUAAAUAGUUGAGGCGCUGUAAAUCAAUUUUUAUUCAAGUUUCAAAAAUUUGCGCAAUAUGGGUAUAGGUAAUUCAUGUGAGUACUUUUUGAAUAAUAUUCAAAAGUGCCCAAGAAAAUAGUUUUAAUAAAGAAUCUCGAUAAUUUGCGCAAAUUAGUUAUUUCGUAAUUCAUUAAAUUAAUUCUUAAAUUAAAUUUUUCCUUAUCAAGUUGCGCAAUAGUACUAAGAAUUACAUAUACUCAAACCGAUUGUAGCGAUCUAAAAAAUUUCUAAUGCGCAACUAUUUGAACAAAAUAUGCGCUUUUAAACGAUAUACAUCACUUUUAUUUGCGCAAAUAAAUAUGUGGCCGAGCAGUUAUUAUAUUGCGCAAUAAAUAUAUUUUCGUUAAAAAUGUAGACGUGCGCACAUUAUGAGUUUUUGAAAUUGGCAGUGAAACAUUUCUAUUAAUAAAUUAAUAGACAAUAUCGUUAAAAUCUGCGCAUAUAAAUGUUUUACUGCGCAAAUAAAAUAAUUUAAAUCUUCACUUUGCAAUUGUGAAUUUAUUAUCAAAAUAUGGUUUGUUUCAAAUUUUUGACGCGGAGGCGAGAAUUUCAACAUCAUGUUUGUUUACGACGACAA